CAGCUGACCUGCCAAAAUAUCCUGUAGGUGUUUCCUCUGGCUUCUCUACUCCUCUGCCUCCUUUCUCCUACUCUGAAGACAAACUGUAAAUCCUGUUGCUUUGCAUCUUGGCUGGAAGCUUUUCUCUGGACACUUUUCAAUGACUUGCUCUCCACAUGGAGAAUAAGGGUGUAGUAGCUUCUUUGCAACCAUUUCAUAUCCAUUUAUUCGUGUGGACAGUUAAUUAUGAAAGGCUGCACAGCUCAGCUAAGACAUCACCAUGUUUGGAGUAUAUAAGAAGAGUAUUAGAUUCCAUAGUUAACAGUAAUAUUGUUCUUAAAAAAGCCAGUAGAGCUUCAGAACAUUUCUUCAGGGUACUGACUAUUGGCUUUUGUCACUGAAUGUUUGUUUAACCCCUUUAUGAUAAAUCAGGUUGUUGGGUUAGCACUGUUCUUCUUAAACCAUACCCAGUACUUUGGAUUUCAGUUUUUCAGCCAAGACCUCUUUGAAGAUCAGACUUGCACACUUGGUAGCUCUAUAUGUGAAGGAUUACUUCAGUAUGGGAAAGGGAUCACAGUAUGUUUGAAAUGAGGUUUGGGAGCUGAGUGGCUUUGCCAGCCCAAAUCCUGGUGAUGAAUGUAUAUAUAAUGAACCCUUUGAUUUUAUUUUACACAGCUUCACCUAAAACUGCAAGUAGAAGUCACUUUAUUACCUACUGCACGUUGUUAUAGAUGAAAAAUAAGGGCCAAGAACUUCUGAAACAAAACAAGAAAACACUGUGUAGUUGACUCCACCCAUGAAUUGCAAUGCUGUGAAUUACGAGCACUUGUUAUAUCUGCUUAUGUAAAUGCAAAAAAUAUGCCAUUUUAAUUUGUUAUUCCUUGGUUACAGUGGAAGAUUCAAGAUGCUUUAAGGAAGUAGGCCUACAUACACUACAUGUUUUAAAGUAUCCCUCUGUCAAACAUUUAAAACCCUGCCCGGAAAAGCAGAAGUGCCAUUGCCCCUCCUGGAUUUGGAGCGAAGGGAACUGCAUGGACACAUGAUUCUGAACUCACGUAGCAAACUAACCUGUCUGUGCUUUCAAAGAUGUACACAGGAACUUGGUGUAUUCACUGCACCAAAGAAAUCCAUGUAUCUACUGUAUGUUUAUGAUAUACUGACCAUGUGACAUCCUGCUGGCUGUUAAUGUUGAGAAAAUGUAUUUUAGAAGCAGGAAGCAAGCAGUAGAGUGAUACUUUUUGACUCAAUACAGGUAAUAGCCUACCCUACGGAAGCCCAUUCCUGACAGGUAUUUUUUUCUCCUUCUCUAUUUCUGGCAGCACGUCAAAAUAAUUCAUCUUUUCAAGAUACAAGAUGUCAUUAUUUUAUCAGGAUUUUGAUUUAGUAUCUCGAAAUGAUGUAUUUUUUUCAAAAUACUGACCGAGUAUGUCAAAAUAAUGACUUGUAUAGAGAAAAUUUCAAUAUACUGUCAAAAUAAUUAGUUCUUGAUUUAAAGUCAUUAUUUUGACAUAGUAAAUUGUUCAUAAAUAAAUCAUUUCGAGAUACUAUGUCAAAAAGUAUAUAUACUCUUGCCAGAAACAGAGGAGGAAAAAAAACUGUUUUCCACCUUUACCUGGCGGGAAUGUGCUUCCAUUCCCAGUGUAAUCAUAAUAUAUGAAAAGUACUACAAAAUCAGACUAGUCUAGUGGAGGAGUGUUACUUGCUGCUCUCAGUAAAGUGCUAUGUUUGCUAGCCUUUCUGGAGCUGAUUUAUUUUCCAGCGCUUCAGACUGCAGCCCUUCCUUCUUGUUCACCUUUAUGGCAUGUACAUGUUGUGCAAUAAACUGGUUCGUUUCAAACGUUCCUGGGCAUCUUUCUAAGCACAUAGUGUUCCUCUGGCUCGUAUGUCGUCUAAACGAUGCAUACGUUCCACUCCUCACAUCCUCGCUGCCAUAUUAGGAGAGAAACGUGAGGGGUGUUUUUGUUUUGGACGAAGUUGACCGACUUCGUUUUGUGGCGCAACGUUUCAGACUCGGUUACUCCUUCUCGGUUUGGAAUAUGUGUAUUAAAAUGACUUCAUCUGAAACUAAGGCACUCCAAACUGGACGACGAAGCUUUUAAACGAUGCCUGCACUGAGAGACCACACCUGUGAGAGCUGGGAGUGGGACACCGAGGGAAAGUCGCCUGAUGCCAAUCUGUCUCCAUGCCGCCAGGCCGUUUACUUUCACAUCAGCCCCCUGUUGGAGAGCCAGGGCACUGCAGGCGUCCGAGGAACUAAAGGUUUCUCUUACGGUGAGCACUACUGGGAGAUUGAGUUUCUGGAGCCUCCGUAUGGCAGCUCUGUGAUGGUGGGAAUAGGUACAGUGAAUGCACGUCUGCAUGCAGGGGAACAGUUUAUCAACCUAAUAGGUAUGGAUGCUGAAAGUUGGGGUCUGUCAUAUAAAGGCUUUCUCUGGCACAAUGGUAGGAGCCGCAAGUACACAGAACCAUUCUAUGAUAGAAACACAGUCAUCGGGGUUUUACUGGACCGAACCACGGGAACACUAACAUUCUAUCGUAAUGGAGAAAACCUCGGACUGGCCUUCUCUGACCUGGAUCAGGUUGGCAGUGCCCUGUACCCGAUGGUGAGCUCCACAGCCCCUGAGACCGAGCUGCAGCUGGGCCUGAGAACAUCUCGUCUCUCCUCCCUGCAGGAACACUGCAUACACACCAUCACACACUGCCUUGGCCGCCUUGGACACACACACUUGCUGCCUCUGCCUCGAGCAUUACGCUGCCAAAUACACACAUAUAGCAUACGCAGCUAAACCUAAAAGACACACACACAGACACAUAUACUUUCAAAUUUGUAUUUUUGUAUUAUUUAUUUAGUGGGUAAGUAUUCUAGAGGCAUUGUCAUAAAAAUGUAAAAAGUAACUGUAUUCUGAAUACUGCCUUUACAAAACAUAACUUGGACUGAAUACAGAUACUUAAUUUCUGUAUUCUAAAUACAUAUUCUCAAUACUUGUAUUCCAUUACAUCCCAUUCCUGUAUAUUGGGUUAGUCUAAGAACCUCAGAAUGCUCUCCCUCAUUCAGACUGAUUAAAGUGAGUGUUCAUUUUCUUUGUUGGACAGUACUGAGUUCAUUCAAAAAUGAAUGGAAGUCAAAGACAAACAGAUACCUUUCACUAAGUAUUAUGGAAAUUACAACAUGCUAACUACUAGCAUCCACUCGUUAUGUUUGGUCAAGCUGUUCCCUAAACAAAUAGUGACUUAACAGACUGAUCUGUUUUGUGGAGCAAGAAGCAGCAUGAUAAGUUUUUGCUUAUCAGUAGCACUGCUUCCUUUUGCUCACAUGGCUGGCCACAUGACAUCAGAAAAAGAAGUAUCUUCUGAGCUGUCUGUCACUAUGUACAAAUGUAAAACUGUGAAUUUUCAAGACAGCUCUUGAACAAGAACCCCCUGGGCCUACAGCAAUAUACUCUGAUCUGAAGGUAUGCUUUGUUUACUAUAAAUUCAAAAAUCAGAAACAAAGUCAUCUCUGCAGUAGUGGACCUGGAAUACAAAGCUGAUUAUCUCCUGUCCGUCUUAAUAUGAUCUUGUGCUCCUUCUAUUUAACUGUAGUACACCAAAUAUAAAAUGUACUGUAUCACUUUUCAUUAGCUAUCUACACAGCUUGUGUUUAUGUACUGCACCUAUAUGAUUAAUCUUCAUAUAAACUCUUCAAAUCAUGAGUGUUUCCUCCCAGUUUACUUUUCUUCUAUCCAGUUCACACAAACACUGCAUACCAUUAUAUACCAUUUAUUACUCAUAUAUCAUUUUUUACCACAUUUACAAAAGUACAGACCUUGAAAGAAAAAAGUCCAUUUGAACAACUAAGAUAAAAGCAAAGAACCUUUACAAAGAAGAAAGCAGAGGUCGUUCCACCUGAAAACGGAACUACAGAUAUCCACAGCACAGCUAAACUGGUUGGCACUGGGACAAGAUUUACAACAGAACGGCACAAAGUUCACACAUUUGAGCAGAGGAGGGAGGUUUAAACAGCUAUAAUCCAUUAUAACCUAAUCUAAUCUGAUGGCCAGUUAACCUUAUUAAGGCACACAAACACAUGGGUUUUGGGGUAGGUUCACUAAACAAUUUAAGCCACUGGUCCACAUGUCAACACAUAAGUGCAUUGACAUGAAUUUUGAGGUUGACAUACAUACACAGUAAACAUUACAUUUCAAUAUGGAGGCAUUACAAUACUUUACUCGGGUAGAGCUAAAAUCUCCUUGUCCCUGCUGCAAGUGCUGGAGUCCUGGACUUUAAACUUCAUGGUGGGGAAACAUUCCCACUGUGCAAAGAGUCAGCUGUUUUUUGCCCUCCUAUCUUGUGAAUACAGCAAAAUGGAAGUUUCUGUCAGAGCCCUAUGAAACUACAUGCAGCUUUGCAGCUAAACAGCUUUAGAUCUGCUAUGAUAUGUUUCUUCAUAGUGUGAAUUAAAACAUACAGAUAAUACAGGACAUCAAGGGGCCCUUACUCCAAACUCCAGUCCUUAUGUAGUAUGUCCCAGGCACUCCAGCUGUGUUCUAAUUGACCAACUAGCUGUCUAAAGAACCCUGAAAGAAUAUGCCUGGAAGAACAACUAACAGAAUAUAUUUUAUAUGUGAUUCAGAAACCAAACAAAGAAAUGAAGACCCAAAAAAACAAAACAAAAAAAAAAAACACAAUUCAAAGCAUUUUGUCUUUGGGUAAAAUAAAACUCAGGCCUGCAGGUGAACAACUGCUGAACGGCACAUACAAUUAAACCCACACACAUAUGCCCUUUCACGUGCACAUCAGGGAAAAGACAGAAGAGGAAGGGUAUUACAUUUGUCUAAAUGAUUUCCACAAAAUGAGAGUGAAACUUUCAUUUAAGCCCUGCGCAUUAGCAUGUACAGCCAUAACGAUAAUAUGGGUCACUGUGCAACUGUACGUGUGACUACAGGACCAACACACUGACCCUUGUGCUCUGGGUCAAGACUUAAGAAAUGUCUCAGACAGAGUGCUGAUUUAUGGUCGCUAUGAUUGUGGUUACUAUAAAAAGCAGAUUUUAAAUCAGCACUCAUGGAAUCCCUGACUCAACUUCAAGUAUCUCAGUGCCUCUGAGAUCACCAUCUGCUUUUAAUGUCUAAGAACAGCAAUAAUAAGAAUAAUGUGACAAAUUUACAUCAAAAGAACAGUACUGUGCAAAAGUCAGAGACCAUUCUUCAUUUAUUUAAUUUCCAGCCAAAAUGGGCAUUAAAAUAUAGCCCAAGUGAUUCAUUUUUCAGAAGACAUUUCUGGGGAAAUUAUAUUUAACACAAUAACUUUAUGGAUACUUUCCCCAUAAAGAAGAGAAAGUCAAAUGGGAAAAACAGGUGUUUUUCCAAAACUGGAGUAAAAAAAAAAAAAAAAUUUAA